GACUUUGAAGGCGUUACCCCAAACACAUUAUGUCGCAUUGUUGAGACUGUGAGUGGUGGUGGGGUUGUGGUGUUUCUCAUGCAAGGCAUGCACUCCCUCAGGGACCUCUUUCCUCUUGUUAUGGACGUUCAUGGUAAACUCAAGACAUAUUCCCACCCUCAUGUUACUCCACUCUUUAAUGAAAGGUUUGUGAUUUCCUUGGGUUGGUGUAAAUCUUGUUUGAUUUUGAAUGACCGACUUGAAAUCACUCCUGAACUGCCACCUCUCUGUGGGCCGGUUGAUGCAGUGAGUAACACACGUUUGGCUGAGGUGGAGGCUUCUCAGGCUGGCCUGCUGGAGCUGCAGAAGAGCCUUGAGGAUGGUGAAAAACCUCUUCCUCAACUUGUUGGUUGCUGCAAAACACUAGACCAGGCCAAAGCACUGCUGAAAAUGUUGGAUGUGAUGACAGAGAAGAGUAGGCGAGCAACAGUGUCUGUCACUGCUGGUCGAGGUCGAGGCAAGUCAGCAGCCUUGGGUCUGGCUGUGGCAGCAGCUGUACAUUUUGGUUUGAAUAAUAUAUUUGUCACCAGCCCAUCACCAGACAACCUUGGCACAUUUUUUGAAUUUAUCUUUAAAGGAUUUGAUGCUUUAGAAUAUGAGGAGGAAACUGAUUAUGAGAUCAUCCAGUCAACUAAUGUGGACUUUCAUGAAGCAGUGGUUCGUGUCAACAUCUUCAGAGAGUAUCGACAAACCAUACAGUAUGUGGAGCCGAGUGAUUCUGCGAAGGUGACUCAAGCAGAGUUGUUGGUGAUAGAUGAAGCUGCUGCUAUUCCUCUUCUUCAUGUCAAAUCUCUCAUUGGCUCCUAUAAUGUCUUCAUGGCAUCUACGAUUAAUGGGUAUGAGGGCACUGGUCGAUCACUAUCACUCAAGCUGCUUCAGCAGCUGCGAGAGCAAACAGGCAUGUCAGGAGCUCCAUCUACAAUAACAGAGGUUUCUCCAUUCUCUAGUGGAAACCUCCAGGAGGUAACACUGGAGGAGAGUAUAAGGUACAGUGAUGGUGACCCUGUUGAAGCUUGGUUGCAUCAGCUCUUAUGCUUGAAUGCAACCUGCAGUGUUGCACACACCAUGAUGUGCCCUCCGCCUCACAACUGUCAACUCUACCAUGUCAACAGAAAUGUAUUGUUUAGCAGUCAUAGAGAGAGUGAAGAAUUCCUGAACCAAGUAAUGUCUCUGCUCGUAGCUUCUCACUACCGCAAUUCUCCUGAUGACUUGCAGGUGCUCAGCGAUGCUCCAGCACACCACCUGUUUGUUUUGCUUCCACCCAUCUUUGCUGGAAUGACAGCACUGCCAACUGUCCUAGCAGUUAUACAGGUGUGUUUGGAGGGAGGGAUCCCAGCCUCAGUAGCAGAGUCAUGUAUGAGCCGUGGUGAGCGACCCUCUGGUGACCUGGUACCCUGGAGCCUGGCUUCACAGUUCCUGGAUUCUACUCUCACAUCACUUGUAGGGGCAAGAAUUGUGAGAGUAGCGACACAUCCAGACUGCCAAUCAAUGGGCUAUGGGUCAAGAGCUGUGAACCUCCUUAGUGACUACUACAAGGGAAAGCAUCUUCCUCUGGAUGAUGAACAGAACUCUUCACUGACUGUAGAGAAGGCUGACUCCACUGAAAAUGUUAUUGUGCCUCGUAAAAGAGAUGAACCACUGUUGUCCAAGUUGGAUGAGCGUGUACCAGAACAUGUUGACUACCUGAGUGUGUCUUACGGUGUUACUCGACCACUUCUCAAAUUCUGGUGUCGAGCUGGAUACCUUCCACUGUAUGUCAGCCAGGUGGUUAAUAAGAUAACAGGUGAGCACAACUGUGUUAUGGUUCAUCCUCUUGAAGACAAUGAAGGUGUAAGUGACUAUAGUGCCAAGAGAAGUUCCUGGGUUGAUAAAUCUUCACAAGAGUUCCUAAGAAGAUUUCUUUCUCUUCUUGGGGGCCCACUGAGUGAUCUCUCUCCCAUAUUAGCUCUUGAGGUUAUUCAAGCUCAUUCCAACACAGUCACUGCAAAAGAAAUUGAGUGGCGAGAGUUGAAGACCAUAAUAUCAGGACACGAUCUUCAGCGUCUUGAAACGUAUUCAAAGAACCUUGCUGACCGUCACCUUAUUAUGGACCUGCUUCCAAGUAUUGCUAGUCUGUACUUCAUGAAGAAAAUUUCACCAGUACACCUAUCUCCUCUACAGUCUAGCCUCUUGGUCGGUUUGGGACUUCAGCUGAAAAGUUUUGAUGAAGUCAUCAAACCAUUAGACCUGCCAAUUGAAUCUGCCCUUGGAGUGUUCAAUCGUGCUAUUCGGCGUCUUCUGAAGGCCUUGUCAACCAUUCAGGAGACGGCUCUUGCGCGCCACCUUCCCAAGUCAAUGGCUACUCUUGCCGAGUUUACACCUGUGUCUGUUUCACUUCAGCAGGAUCUUGAAGACGCUGCAAAGGAUUAUGAUGAGAUGGCUGAGGAGCAACGUAAACAUGUGCCAGUUAAUUCAAAUUUGUUGGGCAACAUCCAGAAGUUUGCCAUUCAGGGUAAUGAAACAGCAUGGAAGACAGCUCUCCAGGAAGGACCAGGCAACAUUAUUAGUGUGAAGAGCAUGAAGCGUCAAGCAAUGAUGACAGAGCAGGAACUGCAACUAGAGCUGGAAGGACCUACUAAGAAGAAAAAAGCUGCAAAAGAAAGAAGACCUAUGAAAAAAUAUGCUAAGAAAAGGAAAUAGAUAUAUUUUAUUUAGGUACAUAAAGAUAUUCUUAUAUUGGUUGUUUUUUCAUCUCUUUCGUGUAUCUAAAUCAAAUAUACUGUGCCAUCUAUAAGUAAACAGCAACAUGAAAAAUGCAGUCUCCUCUUCUUCACAACACACUAUUAACUUCUCCAUAUUGACAACUCUUACCUCCCUUCUGUGUGUUUCAUCAAUCUACAAUCAUUUAUUUU